CUUCUACAUAUGUGACUGAUCACAUGGCCAUGAAAUCAACAAAGGUCCUUUAGACCGCCAGGAUCUAACAUCUGCUGUUGGGUGGACUGUGCUCUGUGGCUAUAUUCUGCACUAACAGUGGUUACUUCAUGCUUACAUCUUUACACCGUAACUACAUCCCGCUCACAGAGUAUGCAUGAUGAACACCUACCAAGAUCAUGUGACUGGAAAACUAUUACAUCUCACCCUGCAGAUCAUCUACCUGCUGACUGGGCAGGAUUAUGGGCCCAUAAAGAGGUCCGAGGAGGCUGUGAAGCCCACCAGUGAUCAUCAUAAGUCAGGAAGAUGGAAAAGAAUCCAGACCUCCAUUAUGGAGUCUUCAACCCAUGCACACACGACACUUGACGCAAACAAUGAGCAAAAGAUCCUAGAAGUCACCAACAAGAUAAUUCAUCUGCUGACUGGAGAGGUUCCUAUAAGAUGUCAGGAUGUCACUGUCUAUUUCUCCAUGGAGGAGUGGGAGUAUAUAGAAGAACAUAAGGAUAUGUACAAGGAUGUCAUCGUGGAAAAUCAGCAGCUCCUCACAUCACUGGAGAGGUCCAGUAAGAAAAGUUUAUUAAAGAGGUGUCCCGACCAGGAUUUUCCUCUGGAUGAACAAGAGGAAAAUUAUAAUAUCCUUCAUGAUUUUAAGAGGGAAGAACUGUAUUUUAUUAAAGUUGAAGGUAUAGAUGGAGAAGAAGAGAGCAAUGCAGGAAACUGUCAACAAUAUCAAAUGGAGGAAAUACUUCCUACUAUCUGCUCAGGAGAGGAACUUAAUAUUGGGAUUCUUCCUGAGGACCAUCUUCCAAAGAUAACAGAAAGACAUGAUAUCCCCAAGAAUUCUUCAAAUCUUAUUACCUUGGACAUCCAUCCAUUUCAGUACAGGUCGACGCAAAUUCUAUCUGAUUGUAUAGAUCCAGGAGGUUUAACUGGAUCUCCUAACCUAUCUCCAUGUUCCAGUUUUCAUCCUAUGCAAGUUCAGGAAAAGCAAACUGGGGAAAAUACAAAUCUAAUCUUACAACAUGGGAAUAACAUGAAAAAUGGAUUGUUCUCUUGUCUGGAGUGUGACAAAAGAUUUAAACAAAAAGCUUAUCUCAUGGCACACCAGAAACUUCACAAUGGUCAGAACCAAUAUCAGUGCACAGAGUGUCCAAAUAAAUUUCCAUGCAUGUCCAAACUUACUCAACAUCAGAAAUUACACAGCAGAAAGAAGCAGUUUAAUUGUAACAAAUGUAGAAAGGGCUAUAUGGCAAAGGACAAUCUUAUUUGCCAUCAGGAAUCCCACAUUAGGGAAAAACCCUUCAAUUGUCCCGAGUGCGGCAAAUGUUUUUCACGAAAGAUGGUGCUCAUGAGACAUCUGAGAAUACACAAUGUAGAGAACCCCUUUGCAUGUUUGGAAUGUGGGAAAAGUUUUACCCAGAAAUCUGAUUUGGUGCGACAUCAGCGAACGCAUACGGGAGAGAAGCCAUAUACCUGCCUGGCAUGCUCAAAAGGUUUUGCACAGAAAUCUGGGCUUGUGAGACAUCAGCUAAUUCAUAGAGAUUAGAGAUUAGAUUGUAUUUUGUUUUGAGAUACAUAUUUCUGCACCAUAGGGGGCAGUGUUGUAGGAAUAACUGCUGGUAGUCCCUUAGUCCCUUAGUGGGUUAAUGAAAUUGUAUUUGUGAGCCAUAAAUGUUAUUACUUCCUUUUCCCUGCUAAUACAAAGUGCAAGAGAAUGAGUAAGGAAAACAUUAGAUUCAUACUUAAUGAUAUGUGAUUUCUAGAGCUAGAUAUUAUGCAGAGGUGAUGUUGUAUAGUCUAUAUAUCUAUUAAGACAAUGUUCUAUUUAAAAAAACACUGAUGCCGGCGUGUUAACCCCUUGUAAGCCCCAGCUAACCAAAAGCAGUCAUAGUUGGUUGGCCCAAUGCAUCUUCGCACCUACCUUCCUCAGGAGGCGUGAAAGGUGGCACUGUUAUAGCAACUCCACUGGCUGCGUUACUGUGAGACCGUGGUGCUCCCACAGUGACAAUACCAGCUGCGCUGCGCAUGCGCAAGUAUAGUGGGGCUCGAUGCCCUUACUAUAUACUGUGACGGACAGGCCAAGGUAGCUUGCAGAGAGUUGAGAUCACCAGCAGAGGGGUAGGGCAUCGCAGGCAGUUAGGAGCGCACGGGAGAGGUACUGGGCACUGUCAAUGGGUGGGCUGAGCUCUUACAAAGUUUAGAAACAACCUGCUGGGCACUUUGCACCCUAAUUUGCAUAUAGAAUACACAUUGUUUUCUGGACAUAGAAAAUCCACCCAAAAAUAACAAAGGUAUGUUUUAAACCAAGUCUGACUCCACAACAGCAUGGUAGCAUUACUGAUAUAGGGCAAAUGGUGAUAGAUUCCCUUUAACCCAAAAAUCAAACAUCCCUGCCUACAUUAACAUCAGGGGUUGUUUCAAGGCCCACCAGUUUUCCCAGGUUUUCCCCCAUUAUGUAAAUUGAAAGUCUCUAUCAACCUAUCAAUUUCAGCCCUUGACCAA